CACGGAGCCCCGCCCUGCCGCCCGCCAGAGCCGUGAAGCAGCAGUAGCAGCAACAGCAGCUCCGCUUGCUUCGUACAGUUUUUAUUCAUGAAAACAUUCGUCUGAUCGUCGUAUUAUUCGACUAGUAAUAACUGCUCGCGGUAUACGUUGUGCCCGUCUUUGUCGGUACAGUUCACGCAGUGACGGUUAACCUUAAAAAGUAGUGGCAGUCGCGGUGUUGUCGCGAGAGAUAGUCUCGUAGUGAAACAGACUUGUUUCGGUCAUUAAGGCGUCGUCGCCGAGUGCAUUCGCUCUGUUUCUCGACGUUGUUCGAGACGGAGAGGUGUGAAAAGGAAAGUGCAUAGUCAUCGAUGUGAGAAGUCGAGGCUAGGAAGAAGGCCCGCCGCAGCAGGAGGGAGAGAGUGAGGAGCUGUUCGUGGAUACGAAAAGCUGAUAUAUCGAGUCGGGAAUUUAAGCAACCGUAGGCUCCGUUAGGGAGCUCCAGAGGUUACGUUAUUUCCAUCGGCAAUGAGUCACAUGGGAGAAACGAACGACAAAGGAAAUGCAAUCGGGCGGAUGCGAAGACCUUGAAUUAUUGUCCAAUAAUUUUGCACUAUCGUUUACUAUAACGUGCUCCGUUUGGAAAGAGAAGCGAUAUCAGGGGUGGCAACGGUCUCGCUAGGAGGUAUCGAAGCUGGCGCGUGGGGCGGGAGAGUCAGCGGUGGUCUGACUCUGGUUCCGGUGGUAGCGGCGGAAACGGAAGCCGCGACAGCAACAGAUCAGAGAGAACGACUGGAAAAGGCUGGUGCGACCCGCUGGAGAAGGAAAUUUGAUCGUCUUCUAUUUUCUACCUUUCCCAUCCCCGGUUGUGGAAAAUUCGAGAGCGUCUAUCUGCCAUCGAAGAAAGCGUCGUCGACGGCGUGACACUGGGCCCCAACCACCUUCGAGCAAGAAGGCAUACGAAAUAGGAUUAAUCCAUUCCUGAAAAAUCACAUUUUAGGCUUUGUUGGAGGUGUACCACCUCCUCCUCGAGAAACACCCUUUUCCACCCUUCACGGGUAGUCACGCUUAGCGCAUCAUUAGACAGGCAUCAUGAGCAGCGAGCUCGAAUCCCUACGUCAGGAAUCGGACAAGCUGAAAAAUGCCAUUCGAGAUGCCAGAAAAGCAGCUUGCGAUACGACGUUGGUCCAAGCCACGUCGGGCAUGGAGCCUAUCGGCCGGAUACAAAUGCGUACGAGACGCACACUUCGUGGUCACUUAGCCAAGAUUUAUGCCAUGCACUGGGGCAGUGACUCAAGAAAUUUAGUGUCAGCAUCGCAAGAUGGAAAAUUGAUCGUUUGGGAUAGUUAUACCACCAACAAAGUUCACGCAAUCCCUUUGCGCUCCUCAUGGGUGAUGACCUGUGCGUACGCGCCAUCAGGUAGUUUCGUAGCCUGCGGUGGGCUGGAUAACAUUUGUUCCAUCUAUAGUCUAAAAACUAGGGAAGGAAAUGUAAGAGUUAGCAGAGAACUCCCAGGUCACACUGGGUACUUGUCUUGCUGUCGAUUUUACGACGACAACCAAAUUGUCACUAGUUCUGGCGAUAUGACUUGUGCCCUGUGGGAUAUAGAAACUGGUCAACAAUGCACCUCCUUUAUUGGACACACGGGUGACGUUAUGUCCCUGUCUCUGGCUCCUGACACACGCACAUUCGUGUCUGGUGCGUGUGAUGCUAGUGCAAAAUUAUGGGACAUUCGUGAAGGAACUUGCAAACAAACUUUCCCAGGCCAUGAGAGCGACAUAAACGCUGUUACGUUCUUCCCGAAUGGAUACGCUUUCGCGACGGGUUCAGACGAUGCAACGUGCAGACUUUUCGAUAUUAGGGCAGAUCAAGAACUGGCGAUGUACAGUCACGACAAUAUUAUCUGCGGUAUCACUAGCGUGGCGUUCAGCAAGAGCGGUAGAUUAUUGCUGGCCGGCUACGACGAUUUUAACUGCAACGUUUGGGAUUCCAUGAAGGCUGAACGAGCCGGAAUUCUUGCCGGUCACGAUAAUCGUGUGUCUUGCCUGGGCGUUACGGAGGAUGGUAUGGCAGUAGGGACGGGCUCAUGGGACUCAUUUUUGCGUAUUUGGAACUAACUUGGGGUUAAUCCCAAGACGUUCCUCCACAGAACCAACUACAGCCAAUCAGCAUACAGUAUAAGCAUCAAGUACCACCACUUGGCCACCGAAGUCGGCGUGUCCGUGUCCUCAACGGAGGCGAAUUACUCGCCCGGUUCACCGGAGUUGACGUUGAUCAGAAAGUUUGGACAUCCGUUAGACAACAACAGUAAAAAGACCCACGGUAGUAGCGGCGGUAGCGGCAGCGAAUUUAAGAACGUUUUGGGUUGUGGUGGUAAAAAGGACUAUCGGAAACGCGUCGUCGAUUUAACCUGGCGACGUGGCAAAGUCGGCGAUAAAAUCACUCAUGAAUAUCAGCGCUUCUAGUAUAUGGAUAUACCGUCUGUUCGAUAUAUUCGAACGUACGACUGAUGAUGAUGAUGAUCGAGAAAGAAGCGUGGUGAAAGGAAGAACGACAGAACGGGGAGCAGCACCAAGGCUGACGGCCAUAUCUCUCCGAUGUCGUGCGCGUUACUUCCUUUCUCUCCUCCCCUUUCUCAAGGACUAUUUGGCAACUUCGAAGAGUUACGUGCUGUUGAUAUAUAUAUAUAUAUCUUGAUAUAGCAUCUUCUCGAAGAUCUUCCCGAAUUCGAAGGUUGAAAUAAGAAUCGAUUCCCGACACACUCCUCAUCACCGAGGUCUACGUCGCUACGGAAGCGUUUUAUUAUAUGAAUAAGAGAAAAAAAAGAAAAAAGAAGAAAAAAAAGAAGAAAAAAAAAAAAGAAAAAGAAAAAAGGUUCCGAGCGUUCACUGCCGAUGAAGCGCCGACAUGGCUGCUCCGGCGGUUGAUUUUACAUUUUUUUUUUUUUUUUUUCGACACGCACGAAGCAAGCAAGUCGUACCAGGCGAGAAAACACGAUGUGAGAAAAAGAAGGAAAUAUGGUCGCUCGUGCACGGCAUAAAAGUAAACAUGAUCGUGAAAACUAUAUAUACAUAUAUAUAUUAUAUAUAUACGUAUGUCGACGAGCAGCCAAGAUUACGAUAAUCUCGCAUAUUGCAUUCAACCUACACGCACACCGUACGCACGUGUAUUAAUACGUACAUAGAAAACUACAUACAUACAUCUGCACACAAAACGCGAAGUACCGCAAACAAAAAGCAUCUGCUAUUAAGUACAUAGUGGGUCAUCCACGAGUCCCGACAUACAAGUCACUAUCUCCGAUCAUUAUUUUCUUUCUCUUCUUUUCGUUUUCUCCCCUUUCCUUUUUAUCUCGUUUAAAUUUCGAUUUUAAAUUCCCUCUUUUAUCGAGAAUUUUUUUUUUUUUUUUACCCUCUUAAAAGAUGGCUAUAGAUAAGGAGAAGGGAAAAAAAAAAAAGAUUCGCAAAGAAUUGCAUCAUCUUUUGUGACUAUAAUCGUCGAGUUUGCAUUAUUAUUAUCUGUAAUUUUUAUAGAUCUAUUCCUUUAUUUAUUUUGUAUAGACAUCUACCAUAGACCAUCUUACGUAUACACACACAUUCUUGUGUCCCUUUUUUUCUUCUCUUUGUUUGAAAUUGAGUGAAUGUCCGAGUUGAACAGAGAUUGUUAGAGAGUGGACGAAAUUCAGAUGCAAGAAUACGCGAAAUAAAAUCUCGAGGACGUGGCUCAAAUGCGAAUCAAACGAAUCCACGUAAAAUUAUUAAAAAGAAAAAAGAAAAAAAAGUUUAAAGAUAUUUCUUUAAAGUUAUUCCUUCGAUUUACCUCCCGUCGAAAUUUGAAAAUUGUCGAAUUAUCAAAGGAUAUCGCUGAAUAAUAAAUAAAUAAAAUUUAACAACACGAUAAAUAAGAUGAGCAAAAAAAGAAAGAAAACGUACUUCGCCUCGUCGCUGAUUCGAAUGCACGCUCGCGAGGAGCCAGUAUAAAGUGUGAACAGAAGGGAUAUUUAAAUGUAACGUGUAUUUAGUUCGUAGUUCGCCUCUAUCCUCCGUUUCUUCAAUUAGAAAACAGCGAGACCGAGAAGAGUUCCUCCUAACUCUCGCCAAAGCAAGAGUCCCCCAUUUUAUCUUUCUCUGUUAUGUCGAUCCUGUAUCGAAGAAUCCUCGUAACGUGCGAGAAAGACACGUAUUCUCUCUCGACGAAAGAAGUUAUCCUACAAGUUCCUUUGAAAUAGGACCCAAAGAAUCACGGAUCGACGCCACGGGCCACAACUCUCUCUCACCCUCGUCGUUCUUUCUUUUCUUCGAUUUAUCAUCGUUUUAUCCUUCGAUAUUCCUCCCCCCCUUUUUUUAAUCUCUCCUUUUCGCUUUCUAUCUAUCUAUCUAUAUCCUAUCGUGUAUCUCCCACUUGUAUACUCCCCCUGUAUACUCGUCCCUCCUUCCUUUCACAUCGCUUCAUUCACACACACCUUUGCGUUCCUCCUUUCCUUACUCUCACCCUCUAUUCUCUGUCCUGUUUUUAUCGAAGAAAUUACAUGUUUAAACUGUAUAUGCAUUUAAAGUAAUAAUUAUUAAUGAUAAUGUUUAAUAUUAAUAUUAAUGAUGAUUGUAAUUUAUAAUAAUAUUAAUAUUUAAUAUAUAAGUAUCUAAGAAGAUAAUGGUGAAUCUACUUGUUCAGUACCGAAGGAUCAUCGGUCCAAUUGCUUUCCGGCGACCACGCUGCGACCAUCAAUAUCUAUUCGUUUUCUCAUUGUAACAUUGUUCUAUUUUUGCGUUAUACAUAUAUCUAUAUAUUUUAUUGCAUUCUUGUUUGCAUUUAAUAUUCUCACGAUCACGUUAUGUAAAGUAUUAUCGUUUCUUACGAUCUUACGUAAUUCGAUGUAAAUUGUUUUAAAAUGUAUAUUCGAACCGCUGUUAGUUCCUAUCGAGAUCAUCAAUUUAGUGAGGGGAAAGGACGGCCGAUCGAGCAUGGGAAGCGUGGCCCCCGGAAUGCGAAAACCAAUCAAUUGUUUUCCUAACCGAACAAGUACGUGUAAUCUGAUUAAAAAAGAAAAAAAAACACUGUUAAAGGGACUAUUAAGAAAUAUUUGACGAGUUUCUAAAGACGUUGAUUCUACAUUGCGUUACGAGAAGAUAAAUAAGAGAUAAUUUCUUGAACAAUAACGUUCGAAAUCAGUUUUUUGAUAUCACUCUUUUUCGACUAAUCGCGCUUAUGUCACACGCCUCCAUAUCCUCUAGCGACCAAUUAGGCAAAAAAAAAAAAAGAAUAAUAAUAAUAAUAAUAUAACAAGAUAUUAAAAAAAAAAAAAAAAACGAUCUUUCCUCCGCGCCAAUACGAGACGAAGGCCUUCUUCCUUCAAUAUUUUCGAUGAUUUUCAAUGAAAUUUCGAAAAUGGUGCACUAUUUUUAACUGGAACGAAGUAUUUAACUGUCUCUGCGUCUGUCUAAACAUUGCGGCGUUCAAAAUGAAGGAAGAAGGAUAUUUAAAUAUUUAACGAGAGAAAAAAAAAAAGAAAGAAAGAAAGAAAAAGGUUAAAAUUGGAAACGUAAGAUCUGUGCUUUUUGUAUUUCGCAAUUCCGUGGCCUCUCGGAGAAAGUUUCUCGUUUUUUGUAUUUCGAAGCCUCGAGCCACCGAAGCAAUAUGGUUUCUUAUUCUUUGUACGAAUGCAAAAAAAAAUAUACUAUAUAUAUAUACACACAAACACAUACACAUACACACAUACAUACACUAUCGACGACUAUAUAGUAUACAAAAUUAAUGAUUUAUUAAGUCUCUAGUCAUAGUAACGGCACGCGCAACAAUAUAAUCCAAUCUCAAAUGGAAGGAAAAAAACAGAAACACAUAACGUUUUGUGCAAAUGGAACAGUUUGUUACUCGUUUCGUUUCCUCUUUAUCAUUUUCGUUUUCGACGGUAUCUCUCUCUUGUCCGCGCCAUAAGAAUGCGAGUGAUUGAUUUUGAUUGGUCGAGUGCACAGGAGAAAAGAAAGAAAGAAAGAAAGAAAGAAAGAAAGAAAAAGAGAAAUCGCGAAAUAACUUAAUAUGACGGAUCGAUUGUGUGACAUCAUCAUCAGGAACAACAGCGUGAAAAAGAAAAGGAAAAGAAAAAAAAAAGAGAGAAAAGAAGGAGAGGAAUUAGGAAUUUUUUUUUUUUUUUUUUUUUUUUUUUUUCUUUCUGAAGUCGUAAGAGUAAUAAGGUGAAUAAAAGUACUUGGAAAAAAAUGAAACGUGGCGUUUUGGUUAUUUUUUUAAUGUACUGUUCGUUUCUUUUCUUUUUUUCUUCGUUAUCACACCCCCGACCUCUCGUGUUUUUCUUUUUUCUCUCUCUCUUCGCCAUUUUUUUGAUCCCUUCUCGUCGACGAGAAACACCAACGAGGAAACAGUUUUUGGGUCCUAUUUCAACGCGAGGAUCGAUGAACGCGUGGAGGAAAAGAGGGAAGAGAUGGAAAGACGUGCCAGCGAAACUCAUUUUAAUAACUUCUUUUACGAUGGGCGACAAGAAGCCAUCAGCAAUACUGCCUCUUUCAAGUUAGGAGCAAAAUAUAAAAAGUACGAUAUAUAUAUAUAUAUAUAAAUAUAUAUAAAUAUAAUAUAUAGUGUGUGUAUGUUAUGUACAAAAGAAACACUUGACGCAGUUAAGUGAAGGACAUAACCAAAGAACGAGAGAGAGAGAGAGAGAGAGAAGAAAAUGGCAGCUGAUGGAAAAAUGAAAGAGAAGUAGGAUGAAGAGGAGGACGAAAGAGCGGAAGCAUAACGUUUGAAAAAAAAAAAGAAAAGAAAAGCUUGUAUUAAGAAAAGAAUAAGGAAAGAGGAAGCACGUAUUCAUUGUUAAAUGAAAUAGAUAGUUACAAAGAUUUCAUCACUUUUUUAUAUAUAUAUAAAAAUGAUAAUAACAACAAGUAUAUAAAUAAAAUAAUAAUAAAUUAUUGUCGACGGCUAGAUUAGCUCUCAUUUGGACGAUCAUCCUUCGUGAUCACCCUUGUUCUCACGGGGCACGAAGUCCGCGUUUCCCUUGUUUUUUAUCACCUUUGGAAAGCGCGUCCGUGUUUUCCUUCCUUGAAUAUAAAAGAUCGUGUAAAAGGCACGGUAGAUUUUUCAUAGACUCGACGGAUAGAUAUCCUCGUUCUCUACGCGAUUUUCGUUAUUAUUACAACGCGUAGUUUCGAGUCUCGUGGGUGCCCCCUGUCAAUCGUCAUCGUCAUCAAUACGAUACUUGGUAAUCAUACGAUCAUAAGAAAGAAUCGUUUCGAUCGAGCGAGAAGAACGGAAUGAUGGAAAGAUUCGUUACUUAAAAUUUUUCAAAAAUUGAAACGAUUCUUUGAAACGUUCGAACAUUCCGGAGGCAUUCGCGCUAUUCGUUAAAUAGCUAAUUCAAGUUUAGAAGAAGAAGAAGAAGAAGAAAUGUGCGACGUAGUGUGUUUAUUCAGAAACUUGCAGUUUAAUCUGAAUAUCGCCUGAUGAAUGUUUCUCGUACAUUUAGCUAUCGCCAUAGCUGUAUCUGUAUAUCCGCCUCGUUUUUUCAAUAUAGAAGAGAAUUGUGCGUAGAAAUCUAAAAAAAAAAACAAAAGAAAAGAAAAAAGGAAGAGACAUCACACGCGGAAUCGACCAAAACGAAAUCAUUGAGAGCGAACCUACGGCGAUUGAUUUUUAUGCAAGACUGAAGUCAUCAAACGCUCCUUGUUCAUUUAUUCUUUGCAUUCUUUUUCUUUUUUUUUUUUUGUUUUGUUUUUCUUCUCUCCCCAUGCCGCGUGUACACGCAAAACGUAGCCGAGGCAUCUAUGAUUCAUUCACUCGGAACAAUUCGCAUAUUUCCCGGCAUAUAUAUAUAUAUAUACACACACGGUACACACGCACAUACACGCAAAUAUACGUAUACGUAUUCACACGAUACAUUAUUAUCCCCAUUCGACGAUGUACAUAAACGCGUAUGAAACGUGUGUUCGAGGGAUCGAGUCGCCAAAUUAUCCAAAGAAAAACGUGCACAAGCGAGAACAAAACAAAAUAUUCGAUAUCGAUCGUUAUCCAUUGUAAGCGCGUCGCAGGAAAAAAAAAGGAAAGGAAAAAAGUGAUUUUUCCGACCGUCAGAGGGGGGAAAAGUGUUUGGAAUUUUCGCCUGGAAUAUUAAUUAGCAACGCUUGUUGAGCGAAGAUUCGUUUCUUUUUUUCCUCUCGACACGGUCCAACGAGGAGAAGGGAUCGUCGUCAAAUUUAAUAUCGGAUUCCAAUCGAUUUUUUUUCUACGACCUUGAUUCGAGAAUCUCGUCACGCGGGAUUUUCCCCACGAGCGACGCGUGUGAAACGGGGAAAAAAAAAGGAAAGAAAGAAAGAAAGAAAAAAAGAAAAAAAUAUUAAAUUUGAAGACGAACGGAUGAAAAAGCAUCGGCGGGCCAAGGAACAAGCAUUACGCAUCCUAUAUUAUUAGUCAGAAUCCAUUUCUAUUGAUACUGUUGCGAGUCUUACAUUGUUUAUCUUAAGAUUUUAACACUGUUUACAAGAUAACGUUUUUUCAUAAUAAUUGUUCUCGUAUCUCUUUUGUAGACAAUUCUACACUCGACGAGAUUCUACACUUUGUACGAAAGAUUUCGUUCGAGACCCUCGUGCGAGAGUGCAGAGCGACGUUUACGACUUCGGUUUCUCUAACGCGAGAUUGUAGUAGAUCGGGCAUAGGGAAUGCAACUUAAGAGAAGAACAGGGUCUAAUGAGAUAGCGAAAGGCAGAGAUAGAAGAGCACAAAAAGGGAAGAAAG